GGUAUAUAUAUAUAUAUUAAAAAACUUACCAUACAAGCCUUUGCCCACCAUUUUUGUUUGUUUCAAACACCUUUUCAGACACCUUUUUUAAGGACACCUUGUGCAGUCGGCGCGGCCGUUGACGAAAACCAUGGUGGUACUGAGCGAGUUUUUCAUCCACACCCUCACCCUCAUCAUCAUGAGCUCCGUCAUCGCCGUCUGCCUUCUGCUGGCCGUCACGCGAGUUUUUGUUACAAUGUGGUGGCCGCUGUAUACCUUGUUUGAUAAGUCCUACACCAUCCUGAUCUGUCUCGCUGGAAUUAUGCUAAGCCUCCAUGUCUUGCCUAUGUACUUGACCAAGUACCCCAUCUGGAAAUUUUUCCACCCCGCGUACGUCGAUCCGCAUCUCCAAGACAUCGCCUGUUUUGCUCAGCUUGCGAUCUUCCAUUUAGGAUUAGGGCUGUUCCUCACUGUGCUUCUUAUAGAGACUUACAAACUGUCCUAUCGAGAAAGCCAAAUCCAAUUCCCAGAAGCAAACACAUGUAUCUGGCUACCUUCUGUGUUCAUCUGCGUGUGUAUGGUGAUGGAGGCCCUGUACUUGUCCACGUGGUUUCUCCUCUACCCACAUGAUACAAAGUACUGCAUGACGUCACGCCACCAGGACUAUUUGUUUAUUAUCGAGAACGUGCUCAUCAUGCUCUCCCUCUUCCUGGUGACCAGCGCCUACGCCACCAACCACACGUGUGAUACCAUCGUCGACUACCUGGCCUUGACCGUUGGUCUGUACGGCGGUGUCGCCCUCUACUUCGCUAGAAUCUGCCUGGAGGGCAAGUAUUCGGCCGCCGUGGAUGCCUUGCUGGCAGAGAUCCACUCUUUCCUCUACGUCUUCAUCCUCAUCAUCGGCAACAUCUACCUGUCGUUCCAAACCAAAAAGAACCUGCAGCGCAUAAGUUUGUUGAUUCCGUUUAGGGAACAACUCCCGCAACCGGAACUGAUACUGUCUGAAUCUUCACUGUAUGAGGGAGGGACUACACCAUUCCUUGAUACUAACGGUACCACCAGCACAUUGUCUUUCUUUCAGGAGAGCGACCAUGAUUAUAUUUUUCGAGAGCGCCGGACUAGUUUUUUAAGCCAGCCGAGAAGAAUAGGGAGAAGAAGUGAUGUUCCAUCCUUAGGUAAUAACCCUGAUCAAACUGCACCAGUGGUUUACUAAAUGUCACAUAGUCCAUCCAUUUACUAAAUGUCAUAUAGUCCAUCCAUUUACUAAAUGUCACAUAGUCCAUCCAUUUACUAAAUGUCAUAUAGGCCAUCUUUUUACUAAAUGUCAAAUAUGCAGUAAUUUACAAAAGGUCAACACAACUGUUAUAUGCCAUUGGGUGUUUUUUGACCAUGUAUUUGUUGUUCCCACUGAUCUGUAGCUUUAUUUAGUCCUCUAUGCUUGGCUGUCUUAUAAGUUACAAGAAAAAAGUUUUUUAAUAAUUUAUAGUGAUUUGGAUGUGUGAAAUAGAAAUUUUUAAACAUCAGAGGUAGAUACUAAAUCUUUAAAUCUAUCCAAUAAACUUUGUUCUAGCUAAAUACAUAAAUUAUCCAAAAAUGUUACAUUCUUAAUUCAUUCAUUUUAUCCAUCAAUUAAAAAAUUGUUCUAACUUAUAAAUCCACAAAUUUAUCCACAAAUAUAAGUUCUAAUUCCAUAAAUCUAUUUUUUUAAAAUAUGUUCUAAAUCUUCCAAUUUAUUCAACACACUACAUUUUUAAAUGUACAAAUGUAUCCACAAACCUUUAGAAUAGGCGCUAUUUUAAUCAUGGCAACAAACUAUUAACUUAUUUCAACAAUUUUUUUAAUGUAACAUUGACAUGCACAAUAAAGAAAAAAAUAAAUAAUAAAUUAUUUUAGUUAUUUAUAAAUACAUAUUUGA